AUGGGAAGGGUAGGUGAAUACGAAAUCCUUGAAACUGUCGGUGCAGGUGCAUUUAGCAAAGUAAAGCGGGUAAUACAUAUUCCUACCGGUGCAUGUUUCGUGGCGAAAAUUAUACCCAAACACAAUCAAAGAGUGGAGAACGAUAUUCGUGUAGAAAUUUCGAUUCUUCGAAGAUUGAGGCAUCGCAAUAUAGUUCAAUUGGUGGAGAUUUUGGAGAGCCCCAAUAACUACUAUAUUAUUCUCGAGCCUGUUCUAGGUGGAGAUGUUUGUAACCUCAUUGCUUCUCAAGAUGGUUCCCUUGCGGAGGAGGUGGUAGCUGGAUUAUUUUUUCAACUUCUAGCUGGUGUUCGUGCCUGUCACCAAAAUGGUGUAGCACAUAGGGACUUAAAACCUGAUAAUCUUCUUUUAACGGAGGACAAUGUAUUGAAAAUAUCUGAUUUUGGACUAAGUCGAUUACAUAAACAAAGCAAUUUUCAUGCAGAAAUUGAUGAGUAUGCCCAUACACUUACAGGAACUCUUGCGUACGUGGCACCGGAAGUUUUUGGUCUCACUUAUGACGCUUUUAAGGCGGAUAUUUGGUCUAUGGGAUGCAUUCUUUAUGCGUUAUUGACAAGUUGUUUCCCAUUUGGGCAUACGGCAGAUGAACGGGAGAUGGAGGAACGUAUUAAAAUGGGACGUAUUUGCAAGAUGCCAGAAUCAGUGAGCGAAGAGGCAAAAAAGCUAACAUUGUGGCUUAUGUCACGCCGUCCGGAAGAUAGACCCUCGUUGGAUCAGGUGGCUUUGCAUCCUUUUUUGAAAAGGCACAUACCAAUGAAGCAUAUUUUGGCGCUCACGAGGAACAGAAAUGCAAAACCCCUCAUGGCAAACCCUGAUGACUUUAGUAGUGAGGUUCAUGAUGAAGAAAAACAGGGUAACGAAAACACCUUUUUUCUUUUGGGUAGCGAGGCAACUCGAGAAUAUGAUACAAAACAAUUAUUAUCUGGAUCUUUGAAAAAAAAUGAGGUUAUCAAGGAUGGAUUGAAGAAUAUGACGAUUUUCCUAGCUGUAGUUUUUUUUUGUUUUUUGUCUUUGUCUUUUGUUUUUACCGGUCUUUUUUUUUAUCGCCCUUGUUUUGUUUUUAUAUGA